UAUAAAGUCUGGAUCUUCUCAUCUUCAUCAUAUCCUGGGGAGCACUAACUGGCAGCACAAUUCUACACUUUCAGCAGUGAUGGCUACAAAGAAGAUUCUUCUGGUAUUUUGUUCAGUUAUUUCUUUGGUCUUUUCUAAUCCUGCUCCAAGUGACUCUUCUGGUAAACAAGAGACAACCUGCCCUGAAGGAGCAAAAAAAGAUUAUUGUUCUGGUUGUGGGUCCUAUUGUCCAAAACCGGAUUUAGUGUGUACUGCUGAUUGUAGAGAAGGAUGUGUGUGUACACAGGAAGGAUAUGUCAUAGGUCCUGAUAAUAAAUGCAUCCCACUGGGAAAAUGUCCAUCUAAAAUCAACACUUGCCCUAAAGGAGCUGUACCGUCACGUUGUACUGGUUGUUGGGCUUACUGUCCAGUAUCAGAUACUGUUUGUGACCAAAGUUGUAAAAAUGGAUGUGUAUGUAUACGGAAAGGAUAUGUCAUAGGUCCUGACAAUACAUGUAUCCCAAAGAAACAAUGUUCAAAGGUGAAGUCAUACGAUGAAAUCAAGAAACCACUGAUCAAAGGAUGACAUGACACUGACAUCUUAGAGAAGAUUUCUUCCCAGUCCUGAGAAUUUUUG